AUGAGAGGAAUUGAAGGGGCUGAGGCGUUUAAACAUCGAAAGUGGGCAUCGGGAAGAAGAAAGCGGCAAAAAAGAGGCGAAAGCAGAAAACCGAGAAACCCCCACACAAAGCAACCACACACCGGCCCCGGGAGACCCACACAGACACAGCGAGACCCGCACACAAGAACCACACACCGGCCCCGGCAGAACCACACAGACACAGCGAGGACCCGCACACAAGCAACCACACACCGGCCCCGGAAAACCGACACAGACACAGCGAGACCCCACACAAGAACGCAACAGGCCCGGCAGACCCAAAAGACAAAGGAGACCCGCACAAAAGAACCAAACCGCCCCGGCAAACCACACAGACACAGCGAGACCCGCACACAAGCAACCACCAACCCGGCCCGGAAAACCACACAACACAGCGAGACCCGCCCCACAAAACCACACCGGCCCCCGCAGACCACAAACACAGGAGACCGCACCAAGAAACCACAACCGGCCCCCGGCAACCCACACAGCACAAAGAAACCCGCCACAAGCAACCGCCCCCGGCCCGCGACCACACAGACACAGCGAGACCAGCACACAAGAAACCGCACACAGGCCCGGCGACCCACACAGACACAGCGAGACCCGCACACAAGCAACCACACAACCCGGGCCCCCGGAGACCCACACAGACACAAGCAGACCCGAACACAAGCAACCGCACACCGGCCCGGCAGACCGACCAGAACACGAGACCCGCACCAACAAGCAACCACACACCGGCCCCGGCCGACCGCACACAGACACAGCGAGACCCGCACACAAGCAACACCCAAACCGGCCCCGGCAAAGGGAAACCCACAAAAGACACAGCGAGACCCGCACACAAGCAACCACACACCGGCCCGGCAGACAGACACAGAACACGAGACCCGCAAAAAAGCAACCACACAACCCGGCCCCCGGGAGACCCACACAGACAAAGCGAGACCCGCACACAAGCAACCACACACCGGCCCCGGCAGACCGACAAAACAGCGAGACCCGCACACAAGCAACCAAACACCGGCCCGGCAGACCGCACAGAAACAGCGAGACCCGACCCAACAACCAGGCCCGGCAGACCACAGACAAAAGGAGCCGCCCCCAAGCAACACCCCACCGGCCCGGGAGACCCACACAGACAAGCGAGACCCGCCCCACAAGCAACCGCACACCGGCCCCGGCAGACCGACAACAGACACAGCGAGACCCGCACACAAGCAACCACACAAACCCGGCCCGGCAGACCCACACAGACACAGCGGACCCGCACACAAGCAAACCACACACCGGCCCGGCAGACCGACACGACACAGCGAGACCCGCACACAAGCAACCCACACCGGCCCGGGCAGACCGACACGACCCCAGCGAGACCCGCACACAAGCAACGCACACCGGCCCCGGCAGAAACCCACACAGACCCCAGCGAGACCCGCACACAAGCAACCGCAACCGGCCCCCGGGAGACCGACACAGACACAGGGAGACCCGCACAAGCAACCGCACCCGGCCCGGCAGACCGACAAGACACAGCGAGACCGCACACAAGCAACCACACACCGGCCCCGGCAACCCACACGACACAGCGAGACCCGCACAACAAGCAAACACACACCGGCCCGGCGACCGGGCACAGACAAGCGAGACCCGCACCCCAAGCAACCAACCACCGGGCCCCGGCAAAACCGACACAGACACAGCGAGACCCGCACACAAGCAACACCACCGGCCCCGGCAGACCACACAGAAACAGCGAGACCCGCACACAAGCAACCACAACCGGGCCCGGCGACCCACACAGACACAGCAGACCCGCAAACAAAGCAACGCACAGGGCCGCGGCAGACCACCAGACACAGCGAGACCCGCACACAAGGGAAACCCCACACCGGCCCCGGAGACCCACAAGACCGCGAGACCCGCACACAAGCAACAAACCGGCCCGGAGAAGAAACAGAACAGCAGACCGCACCAAGCAACGCACACCGGCCGCGGCAGACCCACACAGACACAGCGAGUACCCGCACACAAGCAACCACACACCGGCCCCGGCAGACCGACACAGACACAGCGAGACCCGCACACAAGCAACCACACACCGGCCCCGGCAGACCGACACACAGACACAGCGAGACCCGCACACAAGCAACCACACACCGGCCCGGCAGACCCAACACAGACACAGCGAGACCCGCACACAAGCAACCACACACCGGCCCCGGCAGACCGACACACAGACACAGCGAGACCCGGCACACAAGCAACCACACACCGGCCCCGGCAGACCGACACACAGACACAGCGAUGACCCGCACACAAGCAACCACACACCGGCCCCGGCAGACACACACAGACACAGCGAGACCCGCACACAAGCAACCACACACGGCCCCGGCAGACACACACAGACACAGCGAGACCCGCACACAAGCAACCACACACCGGCCCCGGCAGACCGACAAGACACAGCGAGACCCGCACCAAGCAACCACACACCGGCCCGGCAGGGCCCACACGAAAAACAGCGAGACCCGCCCCACAAGCAACCACACACCGGGGCCCCCCCAGACCGACACAGGACCCCAGCGAGACCCGCACACAAGCAACCGCACACCGGCCCCGGGAGACCCACACAGAACAGCGAGACCCGCCACACAAGCAACCACACACCGGCCCCGGCAGACCGACACAGACACAGCAGAACCCCCACACAAGCAACCGCACAACCGGCCCCCGGAGACCGACCAACACAGCGAGACCCGCAAAACAAGCAACCACAACCGUGCCCCGGCAGACCCACACAGACAACAGCGAGAAACCCGCAAAACAGCAACCACAAAACCGGCCCGGCAGGACCACACAGACACAAACGAGACCCCACCCAAGCAACACACACACGGCCCCGGCAGACCGAACAGAAAGUCGAGACCGCACACAAGCAACCGCACACGGCCCGGAGACCCACACAACCCCCAGCAGACCGCACACAAGCAACCGCACACCGGCCCCGGCAGACCGACAAAAGCCAGCAGACCGCACACAAGCAACCGCACACCGGCCCCGGCAACCGACACAACACAGCGGACCCGCACACCGCCCCGGCAGACCCACACAGACACAGCGAGACCCGCACACAAGAACCACCAAACGGCCGACGGACCCCCAAAAGACAAAGCGAACCCGCACCAAAGCACACAACGGCCCGGCAGACCGACACAGACAAAAGCGAACCGACACAAGAAACAAAGGCCCGGCAGACGACACAGACACAGAGACCCGCACACAAGCAACCCACAAACCGGCCCCGGGAGAACCACACAGACAAGGAGACCCCACACAAGAAACCACACACGGCCCGGAGACCCAACAACAGACAAGGAGACCGCACACAAGCAAACAACCCGGCCCGGAGACCGACACAGACACAGCGAGACCCGCACACAGCAACCACCACACGGCCCCGGCAGACCCAACAGACAGGGACCCCCACACAAGCAAACCAACACCGGCCCCGGAGAACACACACGACCAGAGAGACCCCACAAAGAACCACACACGGCCCCGGGCAGACCGAACAGGACACAGCGAGGACCGCACACAAACAACCACACACCGGCCCGGGAGACCCCCACAGACAAAGAGACGCACAAAGCAAAAUAA